AUGAAUAGAAGAGUGGUUAAAAACAUGAAAUUUUUUGAUCAAACAAUCUUAUGCAACAGUUUAAUAUGGACUUGCGAAUCAACUGGUCACAACAAUUUAACGUUUUUAGAGGCUGUUGAGUCUGAAGGAAAUUCAAGAAAACAAAUUAAUUCUUUUCCAAGAACAUUACAUCUUCCCAUUCUUCAUUUAGUUUCCCUCACCAAACGCACAAUCUUCAAGGAUUUGCUUGAUGAUAUAUAUGGCUUUACAAGGGAUAGGUAUUUCAUUGGAGAGAAAGUUUCCAUCUUAACCGAGACAGAAAGAAAAAACGCCAUUGUAAUAAAAGUGUUUCCUGUUAUUAAUCUCAGUGGAACUGGGAACAAUGGGUUAAGCAAUUUUGUUACUGAACAUGAAGUUAAUGCUGAUGGAAAAAAAAGAAUUGUCAUCAAAAGCCCAAAGAAAGCAGUUAUUGAUUCUUCAUUAUUCCAAUACAUGUCUCAAGAUGUUAAAACAGGCACCACUAUAAUGUCUACAGUCAAAAAUAUGAAUCGCAACCGAAAUCUUUUCAAUAGAGAAACUUGCAAAUUAUUUUUGAAAGAACAUUGUGAACAUCACUGCAAGGGAAUCUGGAAGCUGAAGUUCUCAGCCCAUUUACAUCAUUGUGACAGCUCAAAUAACAAAAUUUCUAUUGUGUGGGUUCAGUUGGAUUAUUUGUAA